UUCAUUUGAAGAAACUAUACAAUUACCUAUUUAUCUUCAUACUAAAACUAAUGAAAGUUUAGUAUCAGAAUGUGAAGAAGAAGAAAAUAGCGAAGAAGAAGAUCUUAUUGAUAAUGAAGAAGAAGAAGAAGAAGAAGAAGAAAAAGUAGAAGAAAUACAAAACAACAGGAAAGAAGAAUUGCUUCCGUUUCAAAAAAAAACCAUAAAUGUUGAUAGUAUAAAGACUGUAUAUAAAAUAUUUCAAGUUAAUCACCUAGCUACUAUAUUUCCUUUGAUAGAUACAGCUUUAAAAAUUAUUUUGACCUUACCAGUUGCAAGCGCAUCAACGGAACGCAGUUUUUCCAAACUUAAAAUAAUAAAAAAUAGACUUCGGACCACAAUGUCUCAAGAUAGUUUUACAGGAAUGAAACGUCGACCAACAAUAACAGACUAUUUCAUUAAAGCUAGUUAUUCAACAGAAAAUAAUGAUGACAAAAAUGAAGAUGAAGAGCUUCCAGCACCUCCUGGAAGUAAGAAAAAUAAAGAUACACCUCACACUUCUCAAUUAUAUGGAAAUAAUCAAGUCAAAGAUGACAAAAAUGAUGAUGAAGAGCUUCCAGCACCUCCCAGGAGUAAGAAAAAUAAAGAUUUACCUCACAUUUCUGAAGUAUCUGAGCGUGAUCCAGUUAAAGGUAAAAAUAUAGCUUUUACUUUAUUAAGUAAAGGUUUAGGACCAUAUCAACCGGAAAUGGAUAAAUAUCCAAAAGUAAAUGGACGAAAAUUUUGUACUCAAUGGUACAAGUCAUAUAAAUGGCUAGAAUACAGUCCAGAAAAGGAUGCAGUGUUUUGUUUUUUUUGUAGAGCCUUUGAUUUAUCAGGUCGCGCUGAAGAAUCAUUUACUAUAAAUGGAUUUAAUAAAUGGUCCAAGGCUUCAACAUGUCUUCCAAAACACGAACGUAGUGUACCUCACAAAGAAGCAAUGGUUAAAUUAGCAGGUUUUAAACAUUCAUCUGUUGAAGGUAGUAUCGCCACUAAAAUUGAUAAACAUCAUAACACGAUAGUGUUGAAAAAUAUUAGCUAUUUGAAAGAUAUUUUAGAAACAUUGCUAUUUUGUGCUCGACAAGGAAUUGGUAUUCGGGGGCAUAAUGAACAAGACCAUAGUUUGUUAAAUAACAGAGGGAAUUUUAUAGAAUUAUUGCAUAUGAGGGCCAAAGAUAAUGACAUAAUUAAACAAUAUUUUAUUGACAAAGAAAGAAGAUUUCGUUAUAUCCAUCCAGAAUUUCAAAACAUUUUUUUAUCGUUAAUGGCUAAGAAUGUUCAACAAAGUUUAAUAUCCAAUAUAAAAGAAGCAGAAUUAUUGCAUAUGAGGGCCAAAGAUAAUGACAUAAUUAAACAAUAUUUUAUUGACAAAGAAAGAAGAUUUCGUUAUAUCCAUCCAGAAUUUCAAAACAUUUUUUUAUCGUUAAUGGCUAAGAAUGUUCAACAAAGUUUAAUAUCCAAUAUAAAAGAAGCAGGUAUAUACAGCAUAUUGGUUGAUGAGACACAGGACAUCAGCAGGCAUGAACAAGUAUCCAUUUGUGUUAGAACCAAUGCUGAAUCUCUGGUAGCUUUGAUAAAAGAAGUUUUAAAAAAUAAUGACUUGAACAUUCAAAAUAUCAGAGGUCAGUGUUAUGAUGGUGCUGCUUCUAUGCGUGGAUCUUAUACCGUCGAUUUAACUAAACAAGUUAAACAAAUAAGAAAUAUGUUUGGUGUUUUGAAUACAUUACAUAAUUUUAUUGGCGCGUCAUCAAAAAGAUUUUCCAUUUUUGAAUCAAUGAGAGCAACAUGUUCAGAUAGUAAAGGACCAAAAACAUUAAAAUCAUUAUCUGAUACUCGAUGGAAUUGCCGAAUAGAAGCUAUUAAAGCAGUGUUUGAAAAUUUAUCAGCGUUAUUUCAUUCACUACACAAAAUUGCAGAUGAUGAUACUUUUGCAGGUCCUGAACAAACAAUUAACACAUUUAAAGAUAGUCGAACUCAAGAUAAAUUUAAUAGUUUAUGGAUAGAAACCCAAGAUAUUGUUGAGAAGUAUGACUUAGAAGAAGCAAAAUUACCCAGAGAAAGAAAAAUUCCUUUGAAAAUAGAUAUAAUUAUAGCCGAUAUAGAAGAAAGAUUUAAAGAAAAUAACUUAACUCUUUUAAAUGCUAUGAAUGAUGUAUUAACUAGUGAUUUACCAGAUGUUGCUUCAUAUAAUCUAUUAAGUAAUACAUAUGAUAUUAAUAAUUCUGAAUUACAGAGUGAAGUUAAUAUAUUAAAUAGAAUGUUUAAACAGUCACAAAAUGAUAUGAAAGAAACCGCACUUAACUGUCGAAUAUCUUAUAUUCUAUCCAACAAUAUUCAAGUUGGAUUCCCAUUGUAUGUGCAAAUUUUAAAAUUAUUUUUAACAUUACCUACAAAUACAGCAACAUGUGAAAGAAGUUUUUCUACUUUAAAACGUAUAAAAACCUAUCUCAGAUCUACUACUGGCCAAGAUCGCUUAAAUAGCUUAGCAAUACUCUAUAUACACAGAAACCAAGAAGUUGACAAGGAUAAAGUUAUAAAAGAAUUUGAUGCCACCGAAAAUGGACGUCGCAUGAUUCUUCACUAA